AUGAAUCCUAUUUCUCAACAAAAUGCGUCUGAAAGUGUUCCAAACAAUGAAGCCUGUAAGGAGGACUCAAUCGACGCAACAAGUUACCAUGAAAUGAGGAUAAAUGCAGUUAAGGAACUCAAAAGGUUGCAAAAAAACCCAUAUCCACACAAGUUUCACGUGUCCAUAUCGUUAGGAGAAUUCAUAGAGAAGUAUUCUUCCCUGACUCCUGGUGAACAUCUAGAUGAUGUUUGUGUCACUGUGGCAGGCCGUGUCCAUGCGAAAAGAUCAGCCGGUGCCAAACUAAUAUUUUAUGACAUUCGAUCUGAAGACCACAAGUUGCAGGUUAUGGCAAAUGUUCGGAAUUACAAAUCAGAAACUGAAUUCCAUGAAAUUAAUGAAAUCCUUCACCUGGGAGAUAUCAUUGGAUGUGUUGGUACUCCAGGCAAGUCAAAACUUGGUGAACUAAGUAUACUUCCUCGUGAAAUUAUUCUCCUUUCACCUUGUCUAUAUCAACUUCCGCACAUGCACUAUGGAGUAAAGGAUAAGGAGACCCGUUUUCGUCAACGCUACUUGGAUCUUAUGAUGAAUGAUGAAGUACGACAACGCUUUGUCACGCGUGCUCGAAUAAUCAACUACAUGCGCUCAUUCUUUGACAAUCUUGGAUUUCUUGAGGUUGAAACACCUAUGAUGAAUGCAAUUGCUGGUGGUGCAGCAGCAAAACCAUUCAUUACGCAUCACAAUGAACUAAAUAUGAAUUUGUUUAUGCGUGUUGCUCCAGAAUUGUACCUGAAGAUGCUAGUCAUUGGAGGGCUUAAUCGUGUAUACGAAAUCGGGCGUGUGUUCAGAAAUGAAGGUAUUGACCUGACUCAUAAUCCUGAGUUCACAUCAAUUGAAUUUUAUAUGGCGUAUGCAGAUUAUGAAGAUUUUAUGACUAUUACAGAAGAUUUAUUGUCCGGUUUGAUCAAGCAUCUUUUUGGAUCAUACAUUAUAAAAUAUCAUCCGGAUGGUCCAGAAUCCGAAGCGAUCACUGUUGAUUGCACUCCGCCUUUCAAACGUAUCAAUUUCUAUGAUGAUUUAGCAGCUAAAUUAAACGUGGAAUUACCUCCUCCAGAUACUUUGGAUACCGAAGACUCCCGACAGUUCUUCUUGAAGAUUGCGGCUCAACACGGAGUUGAUUGUUCGGAGCCGAAAACUACGGCACGAUUAUUGGAUAAGUUGGCUGGUGAAUUCUUGGAACCUAUGUGUGUUAAUCCAACAUUCCUAACUUGUCAUCCGUGCAUAAUGAGUCCUUUGUCCAAAUGGCAUAGAAAUCGUCCUGGGCUGACUGAACGCUUUGAACUGUUUAUGUUGAAUAAAGAGAUUUGCAAUGCAUAUACCGAAUUGAAUGAUCCAGUUAUACAACGUGAAAGGUUCAUGGAACAGGCUAAAGAUAAAGCUGCUGGUGAUGCUGAAGCAAUGGUGACGGAUGAACAGUUCCUCACUGCUAUGGGCUACGGUCUUCCACCGACUGCAGGCUGUGGCAUCGGUGUGGAUAGGUUAACUAUGUUUUUGACAAACACAAAUAACAUCAAGGAAGUUAUCCUGUUUCCUGCAAUGAAACCAGAAGCUAAUGCUGCCAUAUCAGCGAAUACUGUGCUCUUAAAAGAUACACCUACCACACCUAAGCCACAAAACACUGAUUCUGUUUCAACCAGUAAUGAGGUACCUUCUCAAUCCUCCAACAAUAUUGAAGGUAUGAUGAACAGUUUGAAUCUCACGAAGAAUAGUGACAGUUCCCCACAAACCCUUUCAGCUGAGGCGAAAGUAAAUUCCCAGACUCCGAUUUCUGUACAUCAGACAACUAGUGAAUGUCCUCCCACUGCAACCAAAACUGGAAAGAAAAAGAAAGGGCGACGCUCUUAA